UCUCGGUUUGGGGCAGCUGCUCCUUAACUGACGCGGUCAGUGAGGGAGCCGGAGGGACGGCGGAGGAGCCCCCCGCGUUCUCCCGUCAGUCUCCGGUCGCGCCUUCUGCGUGGGUCGGCCGGUCGGCCGGCGGUCUCCCGAGAUGCCCUGGGUCGCCCUCUUGCUGGCUGCCGGCGGCGUUGCCGUCCUCUCGGCCUUGCUCAUGGUGCUCUACAUGGGCUCGCUGGUGACCAGCCCCAAGCCCAUGUCGCUGUCCGGCGCGCACGUCGUGGUAACUGGCGGCUCCAGCGGCAUUGGAAAAAGUAUUGCUGUGGAAUGCUUUAAGCAAGGUGCUUUUAUAACUCUGCUUGCACGAAAUGAGAGUCGGCUGGUGGAGGCAAAGAAAGAAAUUGAAAAAUAUGCAGUUAAUGACAAGCAGGUCGUACAGUGUAUCUCUGUAGAUGUUUCCAAAGAUUGUGCAAGUGUGGAACGGGUCAUCAAACAAGCGCAAGACAAGUUGGGUCCAGUCGACAUGCUUGUAAACUGUGCCGGCACAUCGGUUACUGGAAAAUUUGAAGAGCUUGGUAUCAGUAAUUUUGAGGAAUUGAUGUCUGUCAACUACCUGGGUAGUGUUUACCCCGCUCGCGCUGUAAUUACCACCAUGAAGGAACGAAGAAUGGGAAGGAUUGUGUUUGUGUCAUCCCAGGCUGGACAGGUUGGACUGUUUGGUUUCACAGCUUAUUCCGCAACAAAGUUUGCACUUCGAGGAUUAGCUGAAGCUUUGCAAAUGGAGGUAAAGCCCUAUAAUGUCUAUAUAACAGUUGCCUAUCCUCCGGAUACAGAUACACCUGGCUUCGCAGAAGAAAAUAAGACAAAGCUUUUAGAGACCAGACUGAUUUCAGAAUCAUCACCUGUUUGCAAGCCUGAACACGUUGCUAAAAUCAUCAUUAAAGAUUCUAUACAAGGAAAAUUCAGCAGUUCCGUUGGUACUGAUGGCCACAUGUUGAACGUCUUAACCAGUGGAAUGUCGCCAAUGAGCUCUCUUGCUGAAGCUCUAGAGACGGUCCUUUGUAUGGGCGUUUUUCGCAUUAUUGGCCAGUACUAUAUAGCAAGCUUUGACAGCAUAGUUCGCCGCUGCAUGAUACAAAAGGAGAAAUCUGAAAAAACGGACUGAAUGUGAGCAUUCCUUUUUUUAAUUUGCUGCUAAAUGAGACUCCCUCUCUGGCCUGAAUAAGCCUCCUAUGAAUAGACGGUGAACAUGAAAGGAGUGGAUCCCCUGUGGUGAAAGAAGGAAAUCAACGUGUAGCGCUAGAAAAGGAGGUUACGCAAAAGCGCUCACGAAGACAACUUCAUUUUUUCCUCCCUGUGCUUUGAAGUAAGCAGAUUGUUGCCUUAGAAAUUAGCCUUUUGGAGAAGGAGACCUUUUGGAGAAGGAACCUCCUUGCUAUCGAGUCCGGACCAUCAUUAUUUACCCCUUUGUUAGCAGUGGUGAAGGAUUGAUUCAGUGGCAUGAUUCUGAGGGCUGAUUCUGAUUGGUUCUGUGACUUCCCCCAUAACUGUCCCAUCUCAGAGUUCAUAUGGAGGGUCAAGGUAUUUGCCAGGGACAUCAGUUCUGCAUGUGAAUUGUGAUUGGUCAACUCGUAGUGGAAGAAGUAGCCAAGCUUGAGUCUUGGAACUGGCAAUAAAAAUGGUAAUAAAACACAGUAUGUGACUUUGAUGCAGGGAUGCUUUUUAAAUGAGCAUUCUUCCCCUCACAAUCUGAGGUGUUAACAAAAUUUGAAUGAAAGGACAGUGCCAUUUCAUAGAACAAGCGUUUGAAUUGCCCUUAAGAAUGCAGUCUUGGAGAUUUUUGGGUUUCCUCCUGCCAAGUCUUUAGGCUCUUGUCUAACACUGAAUAUUUUGACUAAUCUUUCCCACUCCUGAUGGUAUCGAGUAACUUUUGUGAAGUAUUUCUCAUGUUAUGUUAACCAAGCACUGUAUUAUGUAAUACAUGGAAAUCCUUGAUGGCAGACCUUUACCUGUAUGAUCCUAAGUUCUCAGUGAAGGACCAAUGAAGUAUACUUUUCGCAAUUAUAUGACUUAAAGGGAAAUGAAGGACCUUCUCUUCACUGAGCAAUUUUAGGAGAGCAUCUCUGUCCAUGAUAAAGGAAAUCCAAUUUAAGCAAGGCAGUUACGAGUGUUUUGUAAAUGUUUUCAUGAUCUGUAACUUCAUGUUUGUCUCUCAGCUGUGUUUAGAGAAGGGGCUUUUAUGCUGCUGUAAUUCAGACUUUAGAAAUAAAAACGAGCCAGUCAAAUACUAGAUUUUCCUGCAAUUAUAUGUAGCUCAAGGAAGUGCUAGGGUCCUUCUUUGGUGGCAGCAUAACUUUCAAAACGGUCCUUUCUGUAUUAAUCCCUCAGAUGUCAGUUUCACUAAUCACAUUACACUCUGGCCUUCUAAUACGCCAGAGAUGCUAUCAUGUACUUUACCUUCUGUGCAAGUAAAGGCUGGAUCUUAUUUGGGUCCAGAUAUCAUAUACCCCCCCAGUGCCCAGUUCAUAAUGAGAAUUCCUGCUGUACCUUGACAUUAGUUAAGUGCCUAUGAUGAAUCUUUCUCGCAACAGCCGCAACUUUUAUGUUUAUUUAGUAGAGAGACAGGUUUAAAAAUUGGAGGCCCUCUUUCAGUGUUUUCUUCAAAAACGAAAAAAAAAGGAAAAGUUGUUGAAUUCUAAAA